AUGUCGGACGAGAAGAUGAGAUCCUCUGUCGAGGCGUCGCGCGACACCGCUCUGCCUGUGCUCCCGACUGUCAACCCAGAGGCGCAGAAGUCAGCCCCCGAGGCGCCAUCUUUCCAUCCUGCGGUAUACAUUGCAACAUGGAUCACUCUCAGUUCCAGCACAAUCGUCUUCAACAAGUACAUCUUAGAUACAGCCAAGUUCCACUACCCCAUCUUCCUUACAACAUGGCAUUUGGUUUUUGCGACCGUCAUGACCCAGAUCCUUGCCCGCUUCACCACCGUCCUUGACUCGAGGAAAAAGGUGCCCAUGACCGGACGCGUAUAUCUGCGAGCCAUCGUUCCCAUCGGUAUCUUCUUCAGUAUGAGCUUGAUCUGCGGUAACCAGGCAUACCUGUACCUGAGUGUAGCCUUUAUCCAAAUGCUCAAGGCUACUAUGCCCGUCGCUGUUCUUCUCACCACAUGGGGUCUCGGAGUCGCGCCUGUCAACCUGAAGACGCUCGGAAACGUCUCCUUCAUCGUUAUCGGUGUCGUCAUUGCCUCAAUGGGAGAGAUCCAAUUCGUCAUGAUCGGUUUCCUCUUCCAGUGCGCUGGUAUCGUUUUCGAGGCUGUCCGUCUGGUCAUGGUUCAGCGCCUUCUUAGCGGUGCCGACUUCAAGAUGGACCCGCUUGUCUCCCUCUACUACUACGCCCCUGCUUGCGCUGUCAUCAACGGAUGCAUUUUGCUUUUCACCGAGCUUCCCAAGAUGACCAUGGCUGAUAUCGACCGCGUCGGUCUUAUGACUCUGUUCGCCAACGCAUCUGUUGCUUUCCUGCUCAAUGUCUCGGUCGUUUUCCUGAUUGGCAAGACCUCGUCGCUCGUCCUUACCCUCUCCGGUGUACUCAAGGACAUUCUCCUAGUCUUUGCGUCUAUGUUCCUCUUCAAGGACCCCGUCACCCCUCUCCAGGCUUUCGGUUACGCCAUCGCGCUUGGCGGUCUCGUCUACUACAAGCUCGGCGGAGAGAAGCUGAAGGAGUACCUUGGUCAGGGUAGCAUGAAGUGGCAGGAGUUCGGCCACACCAGGCCCGUUCUCCGCAAGUUGAUGGUCUUCGCUGCUGUAGUCAUCGGCAUGUUCCUCGUUCUUGGCUCUCUCGGACCGCGUUACGCUCCCGACUCGACCAACCAGGUCUACAACGGUAUCGGCAAGCUCAUUGGCGACAAGGCUGUAUAA